AUGCCUAUCCCCGCUAUCUCCUCGCUCCGUGUGGUGCCCCCAACAGUCAACAAUGCUCGCGAAGAGUACACCGUCUCCACAAAGGCCACAAACCAUCCUCUGACGGGAACGCAUGAUGCUUUCCGCUACGGACCAUCAUCUGCAGCCCAGACGGUCGCCGCAGGCAACGCUAGCCCCCUCCAGGCGCGUCUUGAGCAGUGGGCGCAAACCCAGGCGCAGCUCCGACAGACUCUUCAACGCCAGACGUUUGGUAUGAGCGUGCCUCUGCGGCAGGCGAUGGAGGUCAAGAUUGCCAAAGAGGAGCUGCACCACCCCGCCUUGCUUUCCGCCACGCCUUCUGGCCUUCCCCUCGGCGGGACACACAACCUUGCCCUCGAAAUCCUCCAGGGCCAUGACGAGGCGCUGGACGCGGCCGACUUUAUGAGCGGUGGCGCGGAUAUGCGCGAGAUCCUUGACGUCAACGCUGUCAUGGAGCGCAGCCGUCGCAUUUAGAUGAGUCGUGGCAUUGUGUAGAGUGACUCAUGCAUUGUAUCAACAGGUCCUGCAAGAUCGGUAAUCUGUGUCUGCUAUGAUGUGGUGCUGGCUGACAAGCACAAGCUUUUGGAGCCGAUGGACGAGGUCCAGGUUGGAAGCGAUGCUAUGCGAUGGAGGUGUAUCCAUCGCGAGUCGUGCGCGGAGGGGGAGCGCCCCCGCUAUCGCCGCCGAGCCGGUAGCCGCCGCCCCCGAACGCUCCAGGAGGAGAGGGGUCGUGGUGAGCAGGCGCACUGUCGCUGCCGAGGGGUUGCCCUGCUCCCCCGCCCAUGCCCGCUGGCAUCCAGGCUAGCAUCAGCCGUGU